AUGGGGAUCGUGGAGGAUUUCAGAUCUGUGACGUCCACAUUCUAUAACGAGUACAGCAAAACACCCGUCAAGCUCAAGGCCCUCGAUCUGCUCGUGGUCUAUGCGCUCCUGACGGCUGGGAUUCAGUUCGCGUACAUGGCGCUGGUGGGGUCGUUCCCCUUCAACGCCUUCCUCGCGGGUCUGCUCUCCUGUAUCGGGACCGCCGUGCUCGCAGUGUGUUUGAGAAUGCAGGCCAACAAGGAGAACAAGGACUUCCAGGAACUGCCAAACGAGCGCGCGUUUGCCGACUAUGUUCUCUGUAGCCUCGUGCUGUACCUGGUCGUUAUCAACUUCAUUGGUUAA